GGGGGGUGGAGGUGAGCAGGCAAGGCAGAGACUCAGUGUGUGGCUGGCCGCCCUCCCGACAGGAUGGUGGUAUUGCUGCUCUUCUUGCUGUGGAGUGUCGCUGGUACGAGAUUGGGCCCGGAUCUCGGUGGGGUUGGCGCCUCAGCUGAUGCCCGAUCUGUGAGUGCUGGGACCCUCAAUGCCUUUGUGAGGACGCUACAGCUGUCUGAGGGAGGCCUGUCCUCCUCCGCCUCGCCCAAUACCCCCCGGACUCCCACCAGGUUCAGAUUCGAGACCAGCCGCCCAAGUAGUCCUGAGAGAAAUGCACCUUCUCGAUUCUUUAUUCCCCAGAGUCGUGAAAGAAAUGCACCUUCCCGAUUCCUUAUUCCUCAGGAUCGAGCCGAGCGUGUGAACCGACCAAUCCUUCCCUUCCCUGGUGCUUCCUUCAACAGGGAAUCAAACACCCCACUCAGCUCCCCAGGCAUCACCCCAAGGAGCAAGUCAGGAGGAACCCAUGCCACACGUUUCAGCUCUGCCACGUCCCCUCCCAAGUCCAGUCCAGCGCUGGCAACGAGAUUCAACACCCCAGAAGCGUCAAGACCUGGUUCCUCAGCCCCUGCCUCUGCAAGUUCCCGCACGAGGUUCACGACUCCCCCAUCAUCUGGUGGGUCCCUCGCAUCAAGGUUUAACUCCCCGGUUGUUGCAGGGCCCUCUAGAUUCAGUCCACCAGCAGCAGCGCCACAGCCAAAACCAAGCCCAUCACUGUCUUUCAGGUUUAAUACACCUCCAACUGUCACGCCCAAACCCAGCCCUGCAUUGUCGAGGUUUAACACUCCUGUGCACUCAGAUUCCAAUCCCAGGUUCAAUGUUCCUGCGGCUGUGACUCCUAGACCGGCCGUUCCUCCUCUCAGAUUCAAUGUCCCGGCCACCACACAGACAAGUCCAAGGCCUUCACUGGCAGACCUGUUGACGACUUCUGAGGCAACACAGCCCAAGCCAUCCGUCGACAACUCCUUCUCUGAUCUGACGUAUGAUGAGUAUGAUCUAUACGACUACUACUACUAUGACUUCCUGGAGAAUGGUACGUCAGAUGGAGGUAUUGGCACAGAUCUGGGACCACUAGACCCUCCUAGCUCUGGCACCACAGCACCACCAUUCAGUUUUGCAUCAGUCUUCAAUACAGAUAAGGCAACUACCACCACCACCACUCGCCGCCCUGUCAUCCCAGUCUUGCCAGAGAGGAACAGCAGACCAGACCCGCCGGCAAGAACUGAUGCUGAGGAGGAGAACGGCCGCUACUCCCUGUCUGAACUCAUUGCUCAGCUCAAGGGUUCUCAAGAUGAUGAGGCAGAAGCAUCACCACCAGUGUCCAACACCCUCCACAACACCACCAGCACUCGAGAUGGCAGGGUUCUGUCUGAUCCAACCACCAGCACCACCACAACUACCACCACUACUACCACCACCACACCUACUACUACUACUACCACCAGCACCACUACACCCACUACCACCACUACAACUACUAGCACUACCACUACAAGCACCACACCAAGGACUACCCAGGCCACGACAAAACGCAUCACAACAUCGACAGAGCCUGAGACAAACACAGAGGUGCGCAUCACGAACUCAACGGAGAGCUCUGUCAUCAUUGCCUCUGUCCAGACGUCGCACAGUGUAAGCAUUGGCGAGAGCUCUGACGUCACCACCUCAGCACCCUUCAUGGCCUCCUCCACUAAGCUCCACACCACCACAUCAUUCACUGGGACAACUGAGAAGGUGCCUGAGUCAUCAACACGUAAGACAGACACAGAUGGAAGACCAUCUAAGCAUCUUGACACCUUCCCAGACACUGUAAACACAAAUGAAAAGAAUCCAAGGCCAUUCAGAGAUGAAGAGUCAAGGCCACGUAUUGAAACACUCUUUGACAUUGAAAUCAACACCAAGAACCAGACUGUCAUUGCUGUUGAUGCCAAACUAGACAGCCUGACAGAUCUUGCACACGUGAAGGACAUAUCUGACUUUAUUCCCCCUGGUUACAAAACUGAGGAAGAGGUGCUGGCAUCCACCAAACCCCCAACCACUACCACCAUCCGUACCACAUCUCCUGCUGCACCAACUUCCACUUCUAGACCGAAAGUUGAAGAAGUGAGUGAGGCAAAUGAGGCAGCAUCUGGUAUCACCCCUACUGAGAGAGGGGAGCCUUCUUCUACUAGUGAGCUGCCAUCUAAGAGCACCUCGAUCUUUGCCCUCUUCCCUGCUGUCCGGCCCACCACUGAGGCCUCAAGAGAUAUACUAAAGGGCGUCAAGGAGGUGGAUGUGGCAUCCUUCCUGCCCCCUGGAUUUAAGCUGGACGAGACAGAGACCUCAACAAAAGCAAAUCCCAUAUCGUCAACCACCGAAAGCACGACAGUUGUGAUUCCUGAAGUAAAGACUGUGGAUCCAUCUCUCUUCCUCCCUCCUGGCUACACUCCCGAGCCCACCACAGAAUCUACAACCAAGAUCAUUCCCGUCGUCCACACUGUUGACCCCUCUUCCUUCCUGCCACCAGGUUUCAAGGCAUCUGAUGACAAAGAAGAGCCAGGUCCUGUGAUAAAGACAGUUGAUAUCUCCCAGUUCCUCCCACCAGGGUAUACUUUGACUGAGGAGCCAACAACAGAGGCCACCACCACAACGACAAAGAAGCUUCCAGUGGUGGAGACGGUCGAUAUCUCAAAGUUCCUGCCACCAGGUUAUAAACUCAACUCCACAACAGAGGCACCGGAAAUUCAAACGGUUGAUAUUUCCAAGUUCCUACCACCGGGUUAUGAAGCAUCAACAACUGAGUCACCAUUAGCAAACAUCCCAACAGCAAAGACACUCGAUAUCUCUCAGUUCCUUCCUCCGGGAUACAAACUUUCCACAAGUGAAGCGCCAUCAACUGAGAAACCUUCCACAUCCAAACCAUUCGAUAUCUCCCAGUUCCUGCCACCUGGGUAUAAAUUCAGCACCACAGAGGCACCAACAACCAAGAAGCCAGUUGCACAAGUCCCCGACAUAUCCCAGUUCCUUCCUCCAGGGUACAAACUCAAUGAAACAGCUGAGAAGGAGGAACCAGAGAUAGGAACUGUUGAUAUCUCCCAGUUCUUGCCUCCUGGGUACAAACUUGGAGCAGACAAUACAUCCCCAGAGCCGACCACUGCAGCACCCACCACAACAACCAAGAAGAGUGGACACAAGGGGCUUGUCUUCCCGCGCCGCCCCAAACUUCCUGCUUACCUGACCACCACGCCCAAACCUGUGGCUCGGACACCUGCUGGUCCUCCCCCUGUCAAAGUUACCUUCAGAAAUCUGUGGGAUUCCAUCAAGACUACCACUGAGUUCACGGGCUGGAAGACAACUGAGCCACCUGUGCCCAUCCGCAAGGCUUCUCAGGGUGGUGACUCCCAGGCUCCCAGUGGUGGUGGUAGUAGUAAACCCAAGUCCACUACCACAACCACCACCACCACCACGACCACCACCACAACCACCACCACCACGACCACUCCCAGACCAACAACGCCUGGUGUGUGUGGAGCCAAGUGUCGCCUAGCAGCAACUCUCAUGAUCACUAAUGGAACAGAGUGGCGGCCAGAGUUGGCGAACCGAGACACCCUGGAGUGGCAGGACCUCGCCAACACCAUCGAGAUUGAGCUCGACUCACUGUACCGGAGAAGUCAGCUGGCUCCGUGGUAUGAGGGAGUGGAGAUCGAUGCCUUCAAUCCGGGCUCUGUUCUGGUCGACUACAUCCUUCACCUGACAGACAUUGCUGACACUCUUGACACCACCGACCUCAAGGAGAUUCUAAACCAGGAGAUGUCAGAUAAUGGCUCCUACUUCCUUGGAAACUAUACCCUGGAUCCUAAGGGCACAGACUUCAUUGUCAUGCACGAGAGGGUACGUGUGGUGCAGGAGGAAGAGGACGGUUACCCGAUCCCUCAGUGGCUCAUAGCAGUCAUUGUCAUUGGCCUUGCUUCUCUCCUGUUCAUCCUCAUCUUUGGCAUCACUGUGUAUGUGAACCGAAACUGUCUCAACGUGAUCAAGCCUAACAACACUCCCCUCACUGAGGAUAUGUUCAACAACUGUUCUCUGGUGAACCGAGCGCGGGUGAAGAAACGACAUGAUGUGACUCUGACUGCUGAGAUGCUCAAUGAACUGAACAAGAACCACCUGGCCGGCGUGGACAACUAUGCCAUGGAUGGACUGUAUGACAUGGACGCUAUCUGGAAUGAGAAGAUCCAAGACAGGCGGUCCAUGAAGCCACCAUCAAGCCGCGGCAAAGGAUACAACCCGAACUACAACAUCAACAUCUAUGACUCGUGGCGCACAGACUGGUCCGGCCCCUAUGGCUCCUCGGCCACCUAUGCCAAGCGGCGGCCAGACACCAACUUCUGACAUGAGGACUCUCAAGAAGAAGACAUUGACGAUUUCUAGAUAGAGGCAGAUUCUGACGUCCUGAGAUAUAAUUUAUACCGUGCAGCAGAACCUACACUACAUGACUUGAUAAUCACAAUGCACUGUACAUUUUAGUACAGUACAUGUUGCUUAUCCCUCACUGCACUUGACAAGAACACAGAUGCCUCUAUAACCAAAGAUUGAUUAGCAGAGGCAGUGUGUGUCUUCUCAGGACCUGAAAUACUUAAGCCAGCACCUGACUGGUGUUGGCCGAUGCCUCCGGUAGGGCAACACACCCUCAGUGCCUCCACUAUCAGGAAAACUUUUGAUACAACUGUUAAGUUUAAUGAAGUUUACUCUUUUAAUGCAUAAAUGGAGAUAGAGAGGAAGUGCGCCCUACUGCAUCUAGCCAGUCUCUUGGGGACUGUGUUCAUAAUUUCAAUGAACUGAAGCUCUGCACUCUGUAAUCAAAACUAUCUCACCUCUUACUUAUCAAUAGCACUAAAUAGGAGAUCUUUCAGGAGUAACUGUCUCCAUGCUUUUCUUCUCAAGCCGCACUGCAAUCAAAAUCCAUCUCACUUCUUAUCAAUAGCACUAAAAAGCACUUUCUUAGCCCUGUCAGGAGUAACUGUCUCCAUGCCUCCCUCUUCCCAAGCCACACUCCCAUUACCACCCUCACCCCUGUACUGCUCUUCUCCUCCCAGCCUGCAUUAUGAACAUGGUCCGGUCUUCUUUUUGAGAUGCCGUGAUGAAGGAAUACUGUACUGAGGUCACACCAGCCCGGAUAUUGUCGAGGGUCACGCUGAGCAACGUUCCUGUUGGGUCUUUAUAUCUAGAUUAAGAAGCCGUGCUGAAGCUUCACUCGCCAUGAGGCUUCGUCCCAUGAUUUGCUAAAGUUAUGGCUAAGUGAAUUACUAGGAAGUGGUGCUAUUUUUCUAUUUGUUGCAUUUACGGCAGUCUUUGCACUCCGUCGGGGCGAUGGUGCCGUGAUGGGGCCACAAAACAGGUCAGGUCAAGGUGAAGGGUUGUCAGCUUCCAAUCAGAGGUGAGUAAGUACAUGAUCAAAAAACACAAUUUGCAUACUUGGUUUGAAAAGAUGGUGAGCUUUGAGUUAGCUUUAUUUUAGGUAUUCAGAUCCAACAAAACAUUCUGUUCCUUCAUUUUUAUAUUUUUAUUUAUAAUUUUUAUUUUCUAUUUGCUACAACAUGCCACUUUGUCUUGUAGUAUUUCUACAUUUUGUACAUAUUCUAAUCCUUCUGCUGUUAUCCUACUCCAAACAUAAGAUAUGCAUAAAAUAUUCUCUGACAAACUUGAAAGUCACGCACACUACGCUUUCAAACACAAAUGAGAACGAUGGCUAAGGUGCAGCGCGUCCCCUGCACGGUGCGCCACCCAUGGCUUCCCACACGUUCUGCACAUCAGCAAGCCCUACCAACACAUCUGCAGUCAAGUAUUAGGAGGUGUCCUGAAAAGAUUUCCUCUCUAAGUUUGCAAAGAUUAUCCCAACAACCCCACAGGCUGGAGCAGAGGCUGUGCUGCAGUUUAAACUUAUCAAACAUGCCAAUGGAAAGAGACCAGUCACCCCUGAGGAUCUGUCUCUCCUCAGAGGUGUGGCUUGUGUAACAUGAACAUCUGAGCUGCGAUGCGUUCUUCACCAGAACACUUUCGCCCCAAUAUCAAUUUUUCAUCACCAUGAUGAGUGUUCCCUCAUAUGUGGCAGGACCGAGUCUUGCGUGUGCACAUUGAGGUGGAACCCGUGUUGUCUCUUUCAGCCGUUUACAAGGUCACCACUACUGCACGCCCUGCUCCCCACCAUGCUGGAUCGGUGUUAUAUUUAUAUCUAUGUUAGGGCAGAUGUACAUUUGUGUAUGAAUUUCUGUUGAAUGUUUUAUUUGAUGUAUGACAUUGUAUUCAAAGUUUUAGAUGAUAUAUUGUCUGCCAGGCAGACUGUUAGAUAUUUUCUGUUUUUUGUUUUAGUGCUUAGUGUGAGAAACAAUGUGUAUAGAUUACUAAUAUUAGUAUUUAUAUUGUAUAUGUAAAUUCAUAUAUUUAGUGGCAUUCAAAUUUGUGUUAUGAAUGUUUGUACGAGUGAGGAUGAACAUUUAACAAGAUGUGAGUAACAAACGGUUCACUGGGAACUGUUUAGAAUGGCAGAGGAGAGAAAGGAACACAUCAAACAUCGACUGUCACACACACCCAUGCCCUUAACUGUUUCCUUCAUUUGAAUAGGGGGAGUCUUUGCAAAAGACUCCAGCACAAAGAUUUUCUAACUUUAGUGUUGUUUUUGCUGAUAUCCAACCACCAUAUACGGCAUGUUUUCAAUAUUUUACUGUACGAUGAAGUCAAACUUGAACGUUUGUCAAAUGCUUGGAGUGCUUCCCAUUUACUACUGUAGAAAUAGAAUGAUGGCUUUGGCCUUCAACUCCAGCAAGGCUGAAGAGGAUGCUCCCUGAAUGUAGCGUCUAGUCUGCAUGAAUGUGUGUGUGUGUGUGUGUGUGUGUGUGUGUAAGUCAUGUCACUCUUAUGGGAAGCAAUUAUUAACCUAGAAAGAAAUCAUGCUUGACUUUGGAAUUUCAAUGCCAAUUAGCAACCUGUAUUGGUCAACCCGCCUCCUCUGGGGACGAGUGAUGGCUGUGCUACUUAGGGUAUACCAUGUAUGCUUUAGUGAAGGAAUCAUUGCCAAGUGAACCCAGACCCAGUGAUGCCAUCAACAGGUGAAUCAUGUUACUGCAACAAAGAAAAUUUAAAACCUUAUAAACUUACAAAUCUUUAUUGUAAUGAUAGUCACGUUAGCAAUGCACUGUAUAAAAAGAAUACUGUAUUUUGCAUGAGACAGCAGCAUGAUGUCUAUGAAUAAAUCAAAGCUUAACAUACCAGCAAAUACAAAGUCCCCAUAAGAAUGACAUUAAAUUCUGUAUAUUUGUAUCAUAGGUAACUGAUUUAUACAUUUUUCACAUACUACAUGCGUUGUGGUGGAUACUCUUGGAGGGGCCAAGGUUUCGUAAUAAAAAGAUUACUCCACACA